AUGGUCUUCUCUCCAGACUUGAACACUCAUCGAAGGCAUGUACGACUCGUCUUACAGCGCCUGAGGGAGAAUAGACUCUAUGCCAAACUCGAGAAAUGCACCUUCGAGAAAAUGACAGUACCAUUUCUCGGAUACAUCAUCUCGGAUGCUGGAUUACAGAUGGAUUCUGAAAAACUGAAUGCGGUAAAGUACUGGCCUCGUCCACAGGGGCUGCGCGCUAUACAGUGCUUCCUGGGAUUAGCCAAUUUUUAUCGGCAGUUUAUUCUGAACUUUUCCUCCCUAACAUCUCUGAUAUCCGACCUUACUCGAAAAGGGGUGAAUGCCAAAGACUGGCCUCCUGAGGCAGAUGCCGCUUUCAUCCAAUUAAAGAGCUCCUUUGCAUCUGCACCUAUUCUGUGA